GUAAGAAAGAAAUAAUUCAGAUUAUAAAAUGAAAAUGUAUUUAGGUUUUAUGGUAAUAUAAAGCCUCUAGUUAAAAAGUUGUAAUAUAGGCCUUUAUAUGUUGUAAUUUAAUGGAUGAAUCUGAACAAAGCACCAUUUGGAAAUCAUUCUCACUAAAACAGUGCUACAGAAAACCAGAAUAAAGUUCUGCGUCUUUAAAAAAGGGGGCCGUCCUAAACCUUUGCUGUCAAAGGAAGUAGGAAGUAAUCUUUCCACUUGCAUGGGGAGCAGCUGACUCUGAAACACGGAGCUGAUAAAAACUUUCCACCUGCCCUAUACUUGACAGGAAACCUCAGCAUUCCAGGUGAGAGUUUUAGAAGUGGUGGAGGCUGAGGAGGAUGAGAUGGCGACUGGCGAGCUGAACCCCAAUCACUACCCUGCUCAGAGAGCAGCCAAUGUGGUGCGACACUACCUCAACACCCGCUAUGGCUCUCCAUACAGAGUGUUCACACUUAACAGGGUCCACAGUGGGAACGCAGAGGACAUGGCAGACGCUGGAAGAAAGUAUCAGCUGGAGAUCUCAGUGCAGGACUUCAUUAGCAAUAAAACAGAGAAAUGCUCCGCAGAGGUUUUGUUUCCAAGAGGAGAACCACAGGACUCACCCUCUGUUCAGGCCUCAUGUGAGGAGCUGCUGAAAAUCGACACCAAAGCUCAAGAAGAGGCCUGGUACCAACAGAAUAAAAACCAAAGCCUGGUGACGGCACAUUUACCCGACAGCUAUGGUCACAUUGACCCUGGCAAUGAGCCUCUGUGGCAUCUGGGCAUUGUGGCUGCCAGCUUCAUCAUGCUGAAUGAAUCCACUGAAAACACUCUGUACAACAUGGCUCAGGUGGCCAACGUCACACAGCUGGAAACUGAGAACGACCAGCUGAAGUUUGACUACUACAUAUUGCUGCAUGACAUGGUGUCUCAGGAAAUCAUUCACUGGAAACUGCUGUUCACCUGGUCUCCUGCAGAGGGUGUUAAAGUGCUGCAGAAGGAACUGAUGCCCAAAUGCCAUCACUGUGAAACAGUGGAAGUGAUGGCAAACACAAACUAAACCACAGACAGUCAUCACACUGCCACCAGAACCAAAACAGCAGCUUGAUUUUCACAUUGUGUGUUUUUAUGAGAAGAAAGGUGCAGUUUAUAACCAAGAGACAGAUUAUUCCAUUUUAGAUCACUACUAUUUCCUUUACUUCUUACUUAUGGUUGAUUAGAGCAUUUUGUCCAGUGUAAAAGUUUAAUACUAUAUAAAUGUUCAGUUUUGA